AUGGCUUCUAAACGCCAUUCAAGAACGUUGAAUUCUUAUUCAAGUGAAGACAAUUCAGAUUCAGAGUACAAAAUAGAAGAGGAAAGUAGCGAAGAAUCAGAGGAGCAAUCAAAGAGAAACAACAAUAGCAGCAAAAAGAGAAUAAAAAGGAGAGUAUUGGAGUGGGAAGAAGAAGAUGAAAUCAUUGUGUUGCAACAACUCUACCAAUUCGGAGGAAGCAAUGCUUCAUAUUCAAAGGCCUUCUACGAGUUCGUGAAGAAGAGAUUAAACAACAAUCAAGUGUCGAUGAAUCAAAUGAGUAACAAAAUCGACCGAUUCAAAAAGGAAUAUCUAAAGAACGAGUGUCGAAAGAAAGUGAAUGAUUUGAAAUUCUCGGAGUAUCAUGAAUUUGAAGUGUUUAUGUUGUCAAGGAGAAUAUGGGGAGGUAAGAGAAGCAAAAGCAAUGGAGGUAGGAUGAAGUAUGCAAAAGGAUUCUCGGAGUAUCUGGAAGAAAUGGAUAUCGAUAUCGAUUGUUUAACGCCUUCGUGUUUGGAACAUUUUAAGAAAGAGUGGGAAGUUCAGUUGCUUAUGUACAUCGAGCUUUUGUCUAAGAAGUCCAAGUUUGAUGCUAAGCUUAUGGAAUUGUUGUUUACAAAGUCUUCACACAAUAAUUAA